AUGAGUUCCACCGCCCACAAGGAUUAUCAUGAUAAGGCAUUCCCGGCAAAACGAUUAGUUGAAGUUUACUUUUGUGACGAUAGUUUCCCAUUAAUAAAAGAAAACGUGGAAUUUCCAAUGGAACAAAUACAUACAGAUAUCGAUUCAGGAGUCGUGAAGGGAGAAACAUUGAUUGAUUUUAGUGUUGGAGCCACAGCAAGUCAUCUUAUACCAGUUUGCAAUGGAUUCAAAGAUAUAUAUGUGGUAGAAGUUAAUGAGAGAAACAUCAAUGAAUUUGAGAAAUGGCGACAAAAUAAACAAGACUCUGUUAACUUCUCAUAUGGGGCGAAGGUUCAUCAUAAGUUAGAAGGAGGCAGAGAAGCAUGGCACAUGAAGGAAGACAAAGCAAGAAAAGCAAUUAAAGGAGUAAUACAAUGGGAUAUUUCUAACAACGAUCAAGUCCCUUUCGAUUUACCCCAAGCAGACUGCAUUCUCAGUCUAUACCUACUGGAAGCUAUCAGCAAAGACCAAGACACCUACCAGAGAAACCUGAAAAAAAUGACAUCCAAGCUUAAAAUUGGGGGGAGCCUGUUACUAUUUUCACCCAUAAAUAUGACAUUUUAUAAAAUUGAUGAUCACAAGUUCUUCUAUUUACCUGUCGAUGAAGAUUUUGUAAAACAGACAGUAAAUAAUGCUGGUUUUGUUAUUGAAAAAGUGAAUGUAUUGCCUAGCAAAAAAUCUUGUGACCUGCUUGAUUAUGAUUCCAUAAUGUAUCUAAGAUGUCGCAAGAAGAAUGAUGUUUAG